CAGCCGCUCGCCGAGGUACGCGCGCCUCCCGACCCGCUCAACGGGCCCCGCGCGCCCGGCCUUGGGGUCGGCUGCCUUCCUGGCGGGGGCUGCCGCUCGCGGAGAUGGCCUGGGGUGCUCGCCCGACCCGGCUGCGGUGGCCUGAGUGCGGGGCUGACGGCGGGGACCCCUGAGAGCCAGGAACCAGGCUGCGCGCGUUUGGUAUUGGGGCCGAGGCGGGGGUGAGGGAGGUGGACCCGAUCCGAAAGGCCGUCCCGCGGGGGGCCUGGCUUGCUACGGCGCUGCCACCCCCACCUCCAGUCCCCACAGUGGACUGAGCGCGUUGGGAGGAGGUUUUCCAGGAAGGCAGCGCCCGGUGCGCUCCAGGGCUGGGCCGGGGCGCAGGCAGAGGGAAAUUCAGACUCUGUCAGUUUGCUUGGCAGCCAGGCCGGAGCUACAAGCGCCUCGUCGAUCCCGCGAUCACCCUCCCGAGUCCGGGCUGUCCAGCGGAUCCGGCCGUCGGCGAUGUUUUAUUUCCACUGUCCUCCACAGCUAGAGGGCACGGCACCCUUUGGCAACCACUCUACGGGAGAUUUCGACGAUGGGUUUCUGCGCAGAAAACAGCGCCGGAACCGGACGACCUUCACUCUUCAGCAGCUGGAAGCUCUCGAGGCCGUUUUUGCUCAAACACACUACCCUGACGUCUUCACUAGAGAAGAGCUAGCCAUGAAAAUAAACCUCACAGAAGCCAGAGUGCAGGUUUGGUUCCAGAACCGAAGGGCCAAAUGGAGGAAAACAGAGAGAGGAGCCUCUGAGCAGGAGCCAGGAGCCAAGGAGCCCAUGGCAGAGGUGACGCCACCGCCCGUGAGAAACAUCAAUUCCCCGCCCCCCGGGGACCAGGCCCGGAGCAAGAAGGAGGCCCUGGAGGCCCAGCAGAGCCUGGGGCGAACUGUGGGUCCCACAGGACCUUUCUUUCCCUCCUGCUUGCCGGGGACCCUCCUGAAUACGGCCACAUACGCCCAGGCCCUGUCACAUGUCGCCUCCCUGAAAGGGGGCCCGCUGUGCUCCUGCUGCGUCCCGGACCCCAUGGGGCUCUCCUUCCUCCCCACCUACGGCUGCCAGAGCAACCGCACAGCCAGUGUGGCCGCGCUGCGCAUGAAGGCUCGCGAACACUCGGAGGCUGUCCUGCAGUCAGCCAACCUCCUGGGCUCCAGCAGCAGCAGCCCCAGCCCUGCAGCCAAGCCGGUGCCCCCCGACGGCAGCCAGGACAAGACGCCCCCAACCAAGGACCACAGCGAGGGGGAGAAGAGUGUAUGAGGGUCCCGGGAGCCCACGCCAGGCACCCUCCCCGCCCCCUGCUUCUCCCAACCUCAGCCCCUGUGGAAAACUCUCCUAAGAGCAAGGAGAAGCUUGCAGCCCAGGGCCUCCUCGAGGACCCAGGAGGGGAAGGAAGAUCGCAGCCCCCUCGGCAUCUGGAGGGUGCCUCUGGAGUCCCGCCGGCGGGGCUGUGUUGUCCUGGCUUCUCUGGUGACAGGUCCCCAGGGUACUGAGAGCCCACCCUGUGGUGAGACCCCUGGGGUCUCCAUCCAGGUCCAGAAGCACUGGAGGGAAGUGGAGCUGGUCAUCAGCGCCUUCCUGUUCCUUUCCUGGGCCACCUUUGAAGGUCUCGUCAACCCCGAGAACUGUGGCACAGUCGUCCUUGGGAGAUGCCCGGGGCUAAGUGUCAUGCUCUGAAACGGGACCGUCCCCGUUACAUUAAGAACCAGGAAACUGCUGUAACCCCGACCCCCUCUUGUUCCCCUCCACCAAGACGAGCAGCAACGCCCUCCUUUCUCCCACUGGAGGAUGUUGGUUGGGCGCUCGGUUGGGUCUGAAGGUGAGAAGAUGUCAGGUGGGAAGGGGCUGAUGCCACACAGCCUGUUCUAGGGGUCCGUGGUGGCUCUGCCCCUGGCAGUUUCCACUGGGCACUUCCGGCCAGGGAGGCCGGGCCAAUCAGGCAGGCCAUCAGCUCCGUAACCUGGGGCCACCAUCUUGACACUGCAGGCACAGAGCGAGUGUGAGCCCCCCAACAGCACUGGACUAGACUCCAGGUCGGUGGGCAGUUGACCAAUCGGGAAGCAGUGUUCCGUCCCUCGGAGGAGGAAGGACCCCCAGGACCGCCUCUGACGCGAGGACGCGUCCGGAUGAACUGAUUUCCUAAGGUCCCUGGCACGUGGAGGGGCCCCCUCAGUGGUGGCUUUUUUUUUUUUUUUUUUACUGAAGAAAUAGUGGGAAAUGAGACGAGAAUGGCAUAUGUGCAGAAAUGGAGCUUGGGAAGAGGGCUUCCUUGGGGCGUGAAGAGGAUUCAUUCCAAAGGGCCAAAUUUCAUGGGGAUUUCCGUUUCCGUCUAGCGUGUGUGUUUUCUCCCGUGUGGAUGGUCAGCUUGAAGAGCUCAAAGGGGAAAUGUGCAAUAGUGUCAGCUGUGUCCCUCUGGCGGGGCGUCUACCGGAAAGGUUGCCAUCUUUGAUGGUUUCCUGAUGGUGUUUCCAUGCAAACCGUCACUGCUUUCAGGAUAUUUUCUGUUUGGUUAUUAUAAUCAAAAGGUUCUCCCUUCAGAUCACCUCUUUAUCCUUUUUACCCUUUCCCCCAAGAAGACCCCCAGAAUAAUACUCCUCAGUGCAUUGUGCCUCGUCUCUGAUGACCGCAAAGCGUUGGCUAAAAUACACUGUCUCUUUAAAAAAAAAAAAAUCAGCUCCUUCCUCUUGCUGUAUUUUGCUUGUUGAGUACAAAGAUGAUGCGACUUGCCAAAAAGCAGCGAAGUCGCUUCCACUUCUUCCCUGUAAUUACGAAUGUUCUGUGGAACGAUGUAAGCUUCAGCCCUUAUGUACACUAACUCUUCAAUCUAAUUGUUUGAUUAAACUCGUAUUUCCUCCAGAAAGGUACAUAAAUAAGUGAACUGUUGAGCAAAUUAAGAAUACUUAACAGCAUUGCAUCUGAAAAGUAGUUACGCUGAUUAAAUUUUGUGUCCUUGAGGACGUUCAGGAAAUUACUUUUGAUCGUCAAUAACACAAUUAAGUAAACUACACACACAUUAGCAUGAAUAAUUGAUAAGAAAUUAUGUAUUACCACGAAGCACUGAUUUAAUAAUUCAUGAUGCGACACUCUAGUGACUGUGCAAAACUGGGUAACAUCAAAAAGUCUGCCUCAUGUUCCUGAAAGGAAAAAAAAAAAGAAGCACCAGACCUCUGCAGAGAUGGAGUCCUUAGUUUUGUUGUACAAAGGCAAAAAGUAACCAUGCAUGAUGUAGUUUCUGUUUGUUUAAAUACCCAAAUAAAUUUAGAAGAGUUAAA